AAAACAAAAAAAUAUCAACCAUAUAUAACAGUCUUUUCAGCGGGAAUCACAAAAUCCCUAAUUCUCUUUCUUCUCAUCACUCUCCGGCGACUAUGGCGGUGGUGGUUUUCGGCAACUUAGCUCUCUCAAUCGACGUAGCAGCUUCUUCUUCUCGUCCUAUAUUACCUGAUCGUAAGGUUCGUCCGAUGGUGGCUUUGGACUGGCCGCCGAGAAGAGAGUCUCCUCACGCGUUGUUGAGUUCGUUUAAGGGUUUUGAAUCGGAGGGAGAGAUUCGGAGCCAGAGAGUGGUGGUUCGUGGAAAAGCGAAUUCUAAGGUUAACGGUGGUGUGGAUUCUUCUGAUGCCGGAUCGAGCGAUGAAGACGGUAACGGUAACGGUAACGGAGAUUGGGAAGAGGAUAGGUUUGAUUGGGAGAAGGAAAUGCGCAUGAGAGUUAAGGAGAUUGAAGAGAAGAGAGAGUUGGAGAAGAAAGCUGAGGAGUUGCAGAGUCAAUUGGAGGAUGGGGAUGGUGGUGAAGAUGGUGUGGAGGAGACUGAGGAAGAGAAACGGAUGAGAGUUAGAAAAGAGCUUGAAAAGGUAGCGAAAGAGCAGGCAGAACGGAGAGAAACAGCACAAUUGAUGUUUGAAUUGGGCCAGAAGGCAUAUGGGAAGGGCAUGUAUGGGCGCGCCAUUGAAUUCUUAGAAGGUGCGCUAACAAUCAUACCAGGGCCGACGCUAUUUGGCGGUGAGAUUCAAAUAUGGCUUGCCAUGGCAUACGAGGCUAAUAGUCGCCACACCGAUUGUAUCUCUCUUUACAAACAAUUAGAGGCGAAACAUCCCUAUGUCAGCAUCCGACGCCAAGCUGCUGAACUUCGCUACAUUUUGCAAGCUCCAAAGCUCAAGAUAUCCCAAGAGGAAAUGGUGACCAUACCAUUGAUUGGUUCUAGUUAUGACAGCUAUGCAGGAACGUGGACCGAUAAAAACAAGGACAAUGAUGGCAAAAACAUGGGAUCAACAACCAAUCAGGUUCCAUCCUCAAGAGACUUUUUAGGGGACUUUAUGGUGUGGCGCCCUCCAACGGGAUUGGACAAGAGCCAAGGUUUUUGGAUAGCUUUGGCACUAUGGUUAGGGUUAGUUGGAGCUGCUCUCUUCUUUCAAAAUUGAACUAUAUAAAUAUAUUAUAUAUACAUAAUAAAAAUAUACCAUAAUUGUAUUUGUCAAUUUCCUUGGAUUGUGCUGUGCUUGUAGUAAUAUUAACUGUCCAGCCCCCCCAUUGUAAAAUUAUUAGUUCUGUGCAUAAAUAUUCCUAUAAAUGAAAGUUUAAGAUUUCGUUCUCGACU